CUGCAGCGUUUCCUCUUGGAGAAUGAAGACUGCCUCUCUGAUGUCGUGAAGAAAAAUCAUGUAGGGAAGCUUGUGAAUUCUCCAGCAGAAAGAAAAGGCUCUGACAGAGGUGAAAAAUGCAGGCGGAUCAUCAUUUCUUGCCCGUUCCCAUCAUGCUCCAGAUGUGCGUGAUGAUCUGCGUGCUGCCAGCUGUUCUCUGUCAGUCCACUACUCCCUCCACCAAGAAGGGCCGUAACAUCACCGUCCACUCCUCCCAGCUGGUCUGCAGCCUGCCGGGCCCCGCCGGGCCCGCCGGGAGCCCGGGGGCGCCCGGCUCUCCGGGGGCCGUGGGCCCGAUGGGGCCGCCGGGGAAGGACGGCCCAGACGGAGGGGACGGGGAGAAGGGACAGAAGGGUGAUGCAGGUGAUCCGGGACGAACUGGGAACCCAGGCAAGCCUGGCGUGAAAGGCCGUGAGGGAGUUAUCGGCAAGGCGGGACCCCGAGGUCUGAAAGGUCACCGUGGUGCACCAGGACUGGCCGGAAAGCAGGGGCACAAGGGAGAACGGGGCGACGACGGCCAGCCGGGAGCUCCCGGCGGCUGUAACUGUGGCAAGGCGGCCCGGUCGGCCUUUUCCGUGGCCGUGACGAAGAGCUACCCCAAAGAGCGGAUGCCCAUCCGCUUCAGCCGGAUCCUGCUGAACGAGGGGGACCACUACAACGCCACCAGCGGGAAGUUCGUCUGCGCCGUCCCCGGAGUCUACUACUUCACCUACGACAUCACGCUGGCCAAUAAGCACCUGGCCAUCGGGCUGGUGCACAACGGCCAGUACAAGAUAAAGACGUUCGACGCCAACACCGGGAAUCACGACGUGGCGUCCGGUUCCACUGUUCUCCACCUGCAGCAGUCGGACCAGGUGUGGCUGCAGAUCUUCUACUCUGAGCAGAACGGACUCUUCUUCGACCCGUUCUGGACCGACAGCACCUUCACCGGCUUUCUGAUCUACGCCGACGAGGAGUUUCUUCUUGAGGCUGACAGAAAGGCCAACACGCAGACUGACAGUUAAUGCCAGUGUCCUGAAACAUCUCACACUCUGCUCUGCCCAUCAGUCUUUUCUUUCUCUAGUCGAAGAGCUCACCAGUGCAUGGCUGCUCCAAAGCUUAACAAACUCAGCCACGAGGGGGCGCACGAAGAGAGAGAACAUUCACCUGAGCCCUGUGAGUUCAGUUUUUAACUCCUGACUUAAUUAAUAAUAAAAAAAAAAAAAAAAAAAAGCCAAAACCAAUUAAGGUCGAAUUAACUCUUUGGUCAUGUCUGGUUUACGCCAUUAAUGGAGCUUUAAUACUUAAGAAUAAAGUA